AUGAAGGCGAUCCUCAGAAAACUCCAGGUCGACAGCGAGGGCGGCCCCGUGCCGGACCGAUGGAUCAACAACGACAUCAAGCCCAUUGAGGCUGGUCGUAGGACGUGGGGGUUCUGGACCUUCCAUAACUACUGGGUUCUCUGCAAUUCGAAUAUUUCCUCGUACAUGACGGGAAGCUCGCUUAUCGCACUCGGUUUGACGUGGUGGCAGGCAAUCAUUGCAAUUGUUAUUGGGCAGAUCAUCGCUACAGCUCUGGUUGUGCUUAACUCUUUGCCUGGUGCAUUCUAUCAUUUGGGAUUUCCGGUUGUUAAUCGGUAUGUCUGGGGAAUGUACGGCAGUGCAUUUGUGAUCUGGAAUCGAAUCCUUCUCUCCGUUGUCUGGUACGGAUUCCAGGCCUGGAUAGGAGGCGAAUGCGUCUACGUCUGCCUCCAAGCCAUCUGGCCCUCUCUCGAAGAGCGCAUCCCAAACCACCUCUCCGCCUCAACGGGCACAACAACAGCCAGUUUCAUGGCCUACAUAUUAUUCAUGAUCAUUUCUCUACCAGUGAUCUACAUCCGCCCACACAAACUCAAGUACUUUUUCUACGGAUCCGCAGCCACAAUCCUGGUCUUCGAAUUCGUUCUCCUCAUCUGGUCCCUAGCAACCAUGGGCAAAGCAGGGUUUGGCACGACCAUGGAAGCAACAAAUAGCAGCCAAGAGUAUGGUUGGACCAUUGCGUUCGGAAUUAUUAGUACCAUCGGGUCCAUCUCAGCAGGCAUUCUGAACCAGAACGACUAUGCCCGCUUUGCGCGCAAGCCCAAAGACGCCGUUUAUGGGCAGGUAUUCAGUUUUCCCAUUUAUGCGAUUCUGUGCUCUGUCGUUGGCAUUCUGGUCACGGCGGCAACGCAGGAACGGUACGGUAGUGCGAAGUGGAAUUUGCCUACUUUGCUCAGUGCGGUGAUUGAGCACGGUGGCUCGAGAUCGAGGGCUGCGGCUUUCUUUGGUGGUGCUGCUUUGGUUGUAUCGCAGAUCGGAGUUAAUGUUCCGGGCAAUGCGUUGUCUGGUGGAUUUGACCUAGCGGCUACUUUCCCGAAGUAUAUCAAUAUUCGUCGCGGUGCGUAUCUGACUGCCUUGGUCUCCGUCGCUUGCAAUCCAUGGAAACUGGUGAAUACCGCGACGACAUUCUUGGCUGUGCUGAGCAGCUACUCCGUCUUCCUGGGCCCAAUGACUGGGCUGAUGAUCUCGUCCUAUUUUGUGAUCAAUCGGCGCAAGCUCAAGGUCGACGAUCUGUUCGUCGGGAACAGUCAGAGCAUCUACUGGUUCUCGUGGGGAGUGAACUGGCGAGCUGUGAUAGCGUGGGUCUGCGGGACAGUACCCUCUUUACCUGGCUUCGUGGGAUAUGUCAAUCCCACAGUUAAGAUAACUCUGGGCCUCACUCAUCUCUACUACAUCUGCUUUUUGGUUGGCCUUUCCAUCAGUGCUGCCGUCUACUGUGCUCUCCAUUAUAUCUUCCCUGUUGAGGCCGUCCGGAAUUUCGUGGAAUGCGCCCCUCCCGCCGAGACGUUGAUGCGCGAAUAUCGGGAGCGCUGGGAUCAAGGAGAUGACGUUGUCACAGAUGUUAUAUAUGCGACGAAGCAUGAGUCUGUUGGUGUCUAG